AUGGCAACGCCGUCCGCAAAAUCAAAUAUUGUCAAAUUAAAUCCUCAACCAUCAAUUAGAGAAAAUUCUGAUUCAAAAUCAUCUGAAACACAAGCAAUGACUAACAGCAAUCCCCAGAAUACGACAACAACGAGUGGAACCCGUGUAACAUCGGGUAAAAUGCGUGAUCCAAAUGAACCACAUAUUGGAAAAUAUCGUUUUAUUAAAACAAUUGGAAAAGGCAACUUUGCUAAAGUUAAAUUAGCUAAACAUAUACCAACGGGAAGAGAAGUAGCAAUUAAAAUAAUUGAUAAAACACAACUGAAUCCAACCAGUUUACAAAAGUUAUUUCGAGAAGUUAAAAUAAUGAAAGGACUCGAUCAUCCGAAUAUUGUUAAAUUGUUUGAAGUUAUCGAAACAGAGAAAACGUUGUAUUUAGUAAUGGAAUAUGCCAGCGGAGGCGAAGUAUUCGACUAUCUCGUAGCUCAUGGUCGAAUGAAAGAAAAAGAAGCAAGGGCAAAAUUUCGACAGAUCGUAUCAGCUGUUCAAUAUCUUCAUCAAAAACAUAUCGUCCAUCGUGAUCUGAAAGCUGAAAAUCUUCUAUUGGACGCCGAAUUGAAUAUAAAAAUAGCUGAUUUUGGCUUUAGUAAUGAAUUUAUCCCGGGUAGUAAACUCGAUACAUUUUGCGGUAGUCCUCCAUAUGCCGCACCAGAACUAUUUCAAGGAAAAAAGUACGACGGUCCUGAAGUCGAUGCUUGGUCCUUAGGAGUUAUUCUGUAUACAUUAGUUAGCGGUUCACUUCCAUUUGAUGGACAAAAUUUGAAAGAAUUACGUGAACGUGUAUUACGUGGAAAAUAUCGUAUACCGUUUUAUAUGUCAACCGAUUGUGAAAAUCUACUGAAAAAAUUUCUUGUUUUAAAUCCUGUGCGUCGUGCAUCACUUGAAAAUAUAAUGAAAGAUAAAUGGAUGAAUCUCAGUUUUGAGAAUGAUGAAUUGAAACCGUACGAAGAACCAUCUCAAGAUUUUACCGAUUCACAUAGAAUAGAUAUAAUAACUCGUGACGGAAAUUAUAAUCGUGAUCAAGUAUUCGAUUCACUCACUAUGAGAAAAUAUGAUGACGUUAUGGCAUUUUAUCUUCUUCUUGGAUUAAGAUCAUCAGAACUUGAAGGCUCUGAAUCUCAAUUAGGAAGUAGUUUAUCCGUGAAUCGUACAACUACAGCUAGACAAAACAAUAACACAACGUCUAGUGGAACAUCAUCUACUAAAGGUGUUACCGAUGCAUCAAAUAAUCAACAAUCGUCACAGCAACCAUCAUCAAAAACGGUUACAAAUCGUCCAUCAACCGCUGCAGCCGUUUCUGAGCAUGGUAAUUCAUUAUUUACCAGUAACAAUAAAGAAAAUAUUCAGUUAUUAAAUUCUGAUAAACAACGACCAUCAACAACUGCGGCAAAUAAUCUGGAUCAUUCAAUGGUGAAUGGUAUUGGCGGUACAAUCACAAAUGGCGUUAAUAAUCAAAUGUUAAUAUCAUCAAAUAUAGAUACUACAACGUCAGCAUCGAAUACUCAUCAAUCAUUAAAAAUGAGCACAAGUGGUGGUGGACAAACCUCAGCGAGUGGGGGAACAUCUCGCGGAAUAACAGCUGAAAAAGGUCGUUCGCAAACAGUAAGAUUACCGGGUAGUGGCGUAAAAAGACGAGAAACAAUUGAUCCCGUUGCUACUGGAGGAAGCGGACUGAAAAAAACUGAACAAACUGGCAUAAACAUGUCGGGUGAAAAGUCAGCGUUAAACAAAACAAUCGGUAGCGGUGGUGGUGAUAUUUUUAAUCGUAGUUCAAAUCAGUCAUCAACAGGUGAACAACAGUCACAUUUGGGUACUCGUGCAUCAGCACGCGAACCAUUCAGUGUUAAAUCAGCGAGUAUGACCGCUAAUCCUACAGCAUCAUCAGCAACUCAUGCAUCAAAAUUACAAGACAAAAUAAAACGAAAAACAGGUGCUAAUGCAUCGACAGCUGGUCGAGGAGAACAUAUUGCAACUGGCUCAAUUCGACUCUAUGCUAGUGGACAUCCACAAACUUCAAACCCUGUACCAUCUUUGGGUCCAUCGUCAUCGUUGGCUUCAGCUGCUGCUUCGUCAUCGGCAAGUACUAGUACUGCCACCACUAUUGCAUCUUCUAUGUCAACUACUACUACGCCUUUAUCUGCGGCUAAUACUAGUGUAGUUAGCCCAUCACGAGGUUUGCCUAUGGAUCGUCAUGCUGUUGAUCGUAAAACAAUUCAUAGCACAUUUCCUACACGACAACAACAUAAUCAACAUCAGCACUAUCAAACAACGUCGACAGCCGGCGGAGCCAGCGGUGGUGGUGCUGGUGGUGGUCUUGAUUCAAGUGCACGUAUGCAGGCGAUGAUGAUAUCGCCAAGAAAUAAUAAUAAUAAUACAAUGGCAUUUGGUGAUUCUAACGAACGUUAUCGAAAUGGUGGUGGUAUCGGUGGAGCGGGAGGAAGUGGUGCACAGUCAUUCCUCAGCAAACUUUCGUCUAAAUUUGCACGAAGACUAGCGGAAAUGGGGAAAUCUAUUCGAGACCCACCAACAUCCGGUAUGGGUGCCGGUGCUGGUAAUAUUUCAACGUUGGGAACGAGUGGUGUGGGCGGUGGAAGUACAAGUAGUGCAUCAUCAUCAUAUCGUCGUCCAGAUGGGAAUGAAAGUUUAGCAGUGGGUGGCGGUAUUGCCGGUGAAAUAAAACCACGUUCAUUGAGAUUUACAUGGUCGAUGAAAACAACUAGUGCAAUGGAUCCAGCUGAUAUGAUGAAAGAAAUACGAAAGGUGCUCGAUAUGAAUAAUUGUGAUUAUGAACAACGUGAAAAAUUUUUAUUAUUAUGUGUACAUGGAGAUCCAAAUACUGAUAGCGUUGUCUCAUGGGAAAUGGAAGUAUGUAAAUUACCAAGACUAUCAUUGAAUGGUGUAAGAUUUAAACGUAUAUCUGGGACCAGUAUUGGUUUCAAAAAUAUCGCUAGUAAAAUCGCGAACGAACUCAAAUUGUGA